AUGCAAUUUCUUAAGGGAUCUGUGCAGUGUCACAUUCAAAAUAAGUUCGUAGUGCAUGAGAGUCUACGACUCAUGGUAUUCGUGAAUACAUCUGAUUAUCUUCCUACCAAAGAAGCUACUGGAGUUCGUAUUGCAAUCCAUGGCCAAAGAGAAUGUCCAUUUCCGGAUACUUUCGGCUAUUCUGCACCUACUGGAGCUGUCUCAUCUUUUGAAAUGUCUCUUGUGAGAAUGUUAUUUUAG